AUGGUGACCAUACCUAUCGCUCUCGUUUGUGUAUUCCAGAAACACGUGUCGAAAGUCAGGCAGCACAUCUACAGUCAGUGUUUCACCCUGUCCGGGUACGCAUCGCGCACGUUCCGGUUCGCGGGGCUUGUUGCACAAAACGCAACGUGCUUCACUGUCCUGCAAUCCNGCAAUCCGCUCACUCGUCAGCGCGUGAAUGGUGUUCUCGCCUCACCGGCCGAUUCACCGUAUCAUUCCGCCUCCUCAGAUGUGGAUUCGUGCAUUUCCUCUCCGAAAUCCACUUAUUCCAACCGUGUUCGAUCGCAGUCACGCACACGGAAAAAUGCGCCCGCCCGCCUGCUGGAAGUUCCAUCGCUCUCUCGAGACCCGUCACCCGGCAGUCGAUCUGUGUGUAGCACCAGUCGAUCUGCUGCAAACACUAGUCGAUCUCCUCGCGGAUCCACCGAUUUCACCGUUCACGUGACUUUACGUGAUCCCAAUCUUACGACCCUACAACCGGAUAUCACAGACACCCAGUCAUUCUUCGAACAUGUGGCCAAAAUUGGCUCAACUCCAAAUUUGGCCGCUGUUCGCAAAUCCCCCGUAGCUGGAUCGGAUAACACAACUGUUUUUGAGCGGAACGACUGA